CGACGAUGAGCAACUCUCACUCUGCCAGCACAACCUCCAAGAAGAAGAAUGUGAUAGCUAAAGACGAUGUCUUGAAUUCCUUACUUACUCAGGUUGAUGGCUUCAACCCCUCAGACGCCUUCAAUCUCUCAGCUUUUGAUCCUUCAAAACUUGUUGCUUCUGGCUCAACAAAGCACGCUGCUAACGCCAUUGACUUUGAAGAUGAAGACGAAUUGGCUGAUGACGACGAGCCUUUGCUCGAGAACAGCGACAAUGCUGAUUCCACCAACCCCAAAUCAAAUAUCGACGAGUUGGCUACCGAUUCCUUUUUCAAAUCGCUCCAAGACGAACCCUUUUUUUUCAACCAGAAUUCUUCUCAAAAUUUCAUGAAUGACGAUUUUACCAGUUUGUUUGGUGACACAACUGCAAUUUCAAUUCAAAACUCUUCUCAAAACUUGAACAAGACUGCUUCGAAUACCGAUAUCAACCAUACUACAAAUAAUACCAAAGUUCCUUUUGAAGGUUUGCAUCUUCCUUCCACUCAUGGAAUUACUGAUUUUUCUUCUUUCUCUCACUCAAAUAAUAACAAUAUUAUCAUCGGUACUAAUACCAAUAAUAAAAAUAAUAACAGUAGCAAAAAUAAUAUCAAUAAUAACAAUUACAAUGAUCACAAUUUUAACUUGAUAACUAAUGAAGAAUCGUUUCAAAAGAAAAAGCAAGAAUUACUUCACCAAAAGGAAUUGCAAAGGCUAAGAGAACUUAAAAAGAACGACUUCUAUCUAUCUUACUACUACCCAGGCUUCAAUAAAAAUUCAAAAAAAUUACCUUUAAGUUCCCUAUUUGGCUCAAAACCUUAUUUUUUCAAAAAUUCAAUAGCAAAUUUAAAUAAAGAUAACGCAAAACCUCUAAUCCCAACAAAGAUAAACAUGGAAAUCGACAUUGAUCAAAUUAAAAUCUUUAACAAAACUCAGUCUUCAAACAUUAAACAAGUCAAUCAAUCUGCCCAAAUAAAUGACGACUCUUAUUUGGGCCAAAAAAUUAUCCAUCUAGAUGAUUUAGACUAUUAUAAUAUAUAUCUUAAUUCAGAUGAUAAAAAUACAAUUAACAAAAAAAUCGAUAGCGCAGAUAAUGAAAUAAGUAAAAUAAAUACAAAAAAUCACAAUAAAAUUGAGAAUAAUUUCAAAAUAUUAGAAAAACACCCGAAAAGUAAUUCACAUUUUGACUCGCAUUCUCUUAGAAAAAAACAGAAAAUAAUACCUGAUAUAGUAACUAAUGAUUUAAUAUUAGCCACCUCCAAUUGGGAUGAUACAAUGAUUUUUGGAAUUGACGAUCUAGAUGAUUCAUAUCAAUUAUUAGACUCGGCUACUCAAAAAAAUACUUCAAUUAAAAUUCAACAAAACUCCACCAAUACAAAUACUAACACCACCUCUAAUAAUAUUUCAAUUCUUGAAGAUAGAUUUCCUUACGAUAAUAGCUUUGACGAAAGUGAUUAUGACUUGAUUGAACUUGAUGAAAACAGCCAAACUGAUAAUGAUGAUAUUGAAGAACACAACUACUUUAAAAAAGAACCCAAGCUUAAAUUGGAUUUGAAUGAUUCAAAACUACUAUUUUUAAGCGAUUCUAUUAAAAAAAUUUCAAAAAGCAGAUUUCAUAGCACCCGAAGAAACCAAAUAAAUAAAAGAGAUCCUCAAUUAUUAUCACAGAUCCCAAUUAAUGAAAAACAACUUGCAAUGAGAUUCAAUUUUUCAAAUGAUACUCAAUAUCAAAUAUUAAAUGAAAACUAUCAUUCUAAAAUCAGAACAACUAUCGGUAAUUUACAAAUUGAUCAUUCAGCUCCUGCUCUUAAAUUACAAUCUCCCUAUUAUCCUGUCAAACUAACCAAACAAGAAAUGAGAUAUUUCCAUAGACCAAGAUUUUUAAUUCGCUCAAAUACAGUCAUGAAAUUUUCAAAAGUCAAAUUACGAAAAAGAAAAACUUAUAAAAAUAAAGAUAUUAAGGAAGUAUUCAACAAAACCGCAGAUCUAUCACUUGGUGAUUCUUUGAAUUAUGUCUUGCUAGAAUAUUCAGAGGAGAUGCCACUAAUUUUAAGUAAAUUUGGAAUGGGAUCAAAAAUUAUAAAUUAUUAUAGAAAAAUAACCAAGGAAGACACCAAAAGACCCAAGUUGCCUAUUGGUGAAACCCAAGUUCUUGGAGUGCAAGAUAGAUCGCCAUUUUGGAAUUUUGGAUUUGUCAAUAACGGACAAAUAGUUCCAACAUUAUAUAAUAAAAUGGUAAGGUCACCAAUUUUUAGACAUGAAGCCAAAUCAACAGAUUUCUUAUUAAUUAGACAGAUUACUCAUGGUCAAAAUGCUCGAUAUUUCUUAAGAAGUAUACCAUUUUUAUUUGUUGUUGGACAACUAUUUCCAGUUGUUGAGGUUCCAUCGCCACAUUCAAGAAAAGUUACAGCGGUUUCAAAAAAUCGAUUGAAAAUGAUUGUUUUUAGAGCGCUAAACAAAAGUGAAUAUCAUAGAUUAUCUUUAAGAGAUAUUUCAUCGCAUUUUCCUGAUCAAAAUGAUAUGCAAAACAGGCAAAGAUUAAAGGAGUUUAUGGAAUACCAGAGAACUGGAUUUGAUCAGGGAUUUUGGAAAAUUAAAAACAAUGACAUAGUAUUACCUGAGUUUGAAGAGAUUCGAUCGAUGAUUACACCGGAAGAUAUAACAUUGUUAGAAAGCAUGCAAGUCGGGCAACAGUAUAAUGAGGAUUCAUUGCUUUAUAAUAUAUCAAGGAUUUCGUUGGAAAAUUUUGAAGGAUUGAUUAGGUUUAUUAAUGAUAACAAUGGUGGAGACUUUUUGAAAAAUAAAAAUUGGAAAUUAACAAUCUCACAGAUUAAUCAGUUGCAAAAAGCGUUGAACGAUAUCAAGAAUAGUGAUGAAAAUGAGAGAAACGAGCAUAGUAAUGAUCACAAUGAGAAUAACAACAGUAAUAGUAAUUAUAAUGACGAAGAUGAAAAGGCACCUUGGAAUUUAACCAAGAAUUUCAUCAUAGCAACACAAGGAAAAGCUAUGUUGCAAAUUCAUGGAGAAAUGGAUCCAACGGGAAUAUCGGAAGGAUUUUCGUUUUUAAAAACAUCAAUGAAGGGAGGAUUUAAGACAUUAGAUGAGUAUAGUAGCAACAGUCCGUUUGUUGGAACGCCAGGUAAUAAUAGCGGUAGUAAUAGUAACAAAAAAGAGGGAAGCAGUAAAGGGGGUAAAUCCGGGCAUAGUUAUAGUAUUGCAAGUCAACAAAAGGCGUACGACGAUGAGAUCAAAAGGGUUUGGGAAAGCCAGGCAAGAAGCUUGAGCAAUGAUAAUAUAAAUGAAAUCAUUGAAAAUCAACAAAAUCUAAGUAAUCAAUUGAGAUUUUUAAGGUUUGAAGCGAACCGAAUCAAACAUGAAAAGGUGCUUAAGAUUACCAGGUUGAUUAAAGAUAGUAAUGGGAUGCUUCAAAGAAAGGCAGAAGUUAUUAAAGACUCUCGGAUUAUAAAUGCUUAUUUAUUAAGAAAAGAAGAACAAUUUCAGGAAAAGUUGCUGUUGUUAUCGUCAGGUGGAAGUGGGCAUGCUCUAGGGUUAGGACUAGGGUCAGGAACAGGGAACUUAUACGAUUUUGAUUUGAACAAUAUAAAGGCGCCAUCGAACUUGAAUGAGAAAAAAAUAUUAGAACAGCAUUUGGAAAUCUUGGAAGCAGAAAGAAAGAAAAAGGGUAGUGGACAAGGAAGAGGACGACGAAAAAGAGGAAACAUUAAGAGCAAUAGCGGUGUGAACUUGAACAGCAGAUUGACUUCAGACGACAUAAAUAGAGUUGGAGUGUCUCAUGGUGAGGGAGAUAUGUAUGGGAACAAUAGCAUUGAAAGCAACGUCAAUGAGGGCAUUGGCAACAAUGGUUCUAUGAUUGAGGAUGGAGCCCUUAGUUCAUUAGGGGUAAAUACGACAUAUGAGUCGUCCAAUGGGCUUGGAUCUCGGGAGGAGACAGCCGAGAGUUUUGACAAGUUGGGAAUGGCAAAAAGUGGUAAAGGCAUAGGAAAGGGCAGAAACACCAAUAGAAAAUGCGCUACCUGUGGUGCCGUUGGCCAUAUCAAGACGAACAAGAAUUGUCCAUUUUAUUAUACAAAAGGGCCAGGAAGAAAAGACACUGAGAUAGAUAGAUAACUGACAAGUUGUGAGUAAAGCGUGAAUAAAGCCGUUGUAAGAGCCAAAGAACUAUUAUUAAUAAUUAGUAAUGGCGGAAAUAUACCAAAAUGCAGCAGGUAGCAGGAUAUUCUCCUACAGGACCAUGCAGGUACCAUGAAUCACUGCCAGCAUGAGGGUGUGUUGUUUGGGCGCGUCCGGGAUUUGAAGCGCGGAGAUAGGCCAGCUCGACGCGCUGCUUAAGGAGCAUGCGCUCGAAAAUAGGGCUGAAACACCGACAUCUGCGUUUCCACAGUGAGGCGGCAGAAGUAGCACGUGCGGAGGACUGACAAGGCCACCAUUACCGACGUGGAAUUGCGGAAAGAUCGCAGCACGAUGAUCUCAUAGCGCAGGGUUGCGCACUCAAGCGCACCGUUAGGUUUAGAGUUUUGUAUUGCGUUUGUUAUUGUCCCGUGAAAUUGACUAUCUUGGAUCGUCUGCCAAAAUCAAC